AUGACUAGGUCUUCGAUUACACACCGGGAGGGGAAGCCAUGGGGUUUUCAAGUGUGGUACAUUGGUGUUACCAGAGUUUCAAUUUCUUAUUUUUUGCAGGGAACAAAUGAUCCGUAUGCAUUUGUUGAAUUUGCCGAUCACAACAUGGCUGCUCAGGCUUUACAAACAAUGAAUAGGCGAAUGUUGCUGGACAAGGAAAUGAAGGUGAACUGGGCAGUGGAACCGGGACAGCAACAGCCCAAAGUCGACACAAGCAAACACUUCCAUGUAUUUGUUGGAGACCUUUCUCCUGAGGUCGAUAACAAAGCCUUGAAGGAAGCCUUCGCUUCAUUUGAAGAUGAAAUGAAGGUGAACUGGGCAGUGGAACCGGGACAGCAACAACCCAAAGUCGACACAAGCAAACACUUCCAUGUAUUUGUUGGAGACCUUUCUCCUGAGGUCGAUAAUAAAGCCUUGAAGGAAGCCUUCGCACCAUUUGGAGAUGUCAGCGACGCUAAAGUUAUACGUGAUGUCACCACCUUGAAAUCGAAAGGAUACGGUUUCGUCUCAUAUCCUAAGCGAGAAGAAGCUGAGCGUGCUAUCGAACAAAUGAAUGGACAAUGGCUUGGUCGUCGUACAAUUCGUACUAACUGGGCUACACGUAAGCCUGGCCAAGGAGGUGGUGAUCAACCGGCGAACAAUGAAAAGACCUAUGAUGACAUCUUCAAUAUGACCACUCCCGACAACACUUCUGUUUACGUGGGAAAUGUGGCAGGCGGAGUUUGUGAGGAGGAUAUCCGAGAAGCAUUCGGGCGGUUCGGUCGCAUUCUUGAAGUACGCAUAUUCAAAGUACAAGGGUACGCGUUCGUGAAAUUCGAUUCAAAAGAUUGUGCGUGCCGAGCCAUAUUACAAAUGAACGGUGGCGAUCUUGGCGGCAACACAAUCCGCUGCUCUUGGGGAAAGACGAGUGAUUCGGAUAAGCGCAAUCAAGGCUACAAUAACUACGGCCAAGGCGCUUAUGGCUAUGGAGGACAGGCAACCGGUAAUAGUGGUUACGGGCCACCUGCUGCAGGUGGACCAGGUGGGGCAGCAGUAGCCGCUGCCGCUCAGGCUCAUCAGCAGUAUUACAAUUAUUAUGCUCAAUACUACAGCAAUCCGCAAGUUAUGCAGCAAUGGGCCAGCUAUUGGCAGCAACAACAAGCAGGUGCUGGUCAAUCAGGAGGAGCGAACGGAAAUCGCUAA